GACGGACGGAUCCCGACGGCCCUCCCGGGGCGCAGCAAGCUGGGUAGAGCGAGAGGGGCGCCAGAGCCGAGGGGGCCCGCCGCCAGGACGCGCCGCCCACCGAUGCCCUGAUGUUUGCCCUUCUUUGCAAAUACCGAGUCUAUAUGAGAUUGGCCAAUGCACAGACAAUAGCUGUGAAGCCCCAGUAGGAGAAUGAGUGAGAGGGACAUCCGAAGCUUGAGCAAAGGGGUAUUGGUGCUCUCUCUCUGCCUUAUAACGCUAUGGGGAAGGCUGACUCUGGCCUCAUCACACCACAGAAGCCAUUCAGUGCACAUAGAGCCUGGCACAUGUGAAGUCAUCGCUGCUCACAGGUGCUGCAAUAAGAACAAGAUUGAGGAGCGCUCACAAACAGUGAAAUGUUCCUGCUUUCCAGGUCAGGUGGCUGGGACGACGCACGCUGCUCCUUCAUGUGUAGACGCCUCAAUAGUGCUUCAGAAGUGGUGGUGCCAAAUGCAACCAUGUGUAGAAGGAGAAGAGUGUAAAGUGCUACCAGAUUUGUCCGGAUGGAGCUGCAGUACUGGAAACAAAGUAAAGACCACCAAGGUGACAAGGUAGAUUUGAGAAGAUCUGCUCUCAUCUGAUAUGCAUCUGUGUUGACAUGGCUGGCACUGCAGAAAUGGCACGACGUGGCUUUUCUCCAGGUGCAAGAUAUUCCUUCUAUGUUCUGAAGACCUGGAAACAGAAGGACCUCAUUGGCACAGGAUAGGAUGCAACUGUGGUAUAGGAUGCCUAUUUUUCAUGGGCACUUUAUUGUUCUUCCUCGUGUACACCUGCCAAGGGAGUGGUGCUGCAGUUUGCUCCCUCCUGGAAGAACAGCACCAAGGAUUACAGGAAAGGGGUGACGUACCUGUCUGGGCAGGGAUCUUGGGAAAUUUCCCUUGUUUUUGAAGAUAAAAUACUGCAUCAACCACUGAUUCAGUGCAGCCUCUAAGGUAUUUAACCAUCAGCUGCUACUAAGUCUACAAUGCAGUUACAAGAACUGCUCCACAUUCUCCUUCCAUACCAUGGAUAUACCUGCAAAAGAGAAGAACGUAUUUCUUCCCCUAGUGCUCAAUUAAAUAUUGGAGUUGCAUAGAAUCUGUUGAUAACUACAAAGUGGGGGAAAGCAAUUUUCCUUCCUUUGAAUUCUCCUGUGUCUGUAGGCUGGCUCUGAUGAUCACUAAAGAGAAUCAAGGUGUCGAGUGGGUGUCAAGUUCACAAUUCAAAAUAAAAUUCGUGUUUUUACAAAAUCUUCCCAAUUCAUGUUUUUGUCGCUUUCAUAGAAGACAGGCUUUGAGUUCUGGAAACAAGGAACCAAAUUGUGAAACUAGAGGAACUCCAAGAAAGACCAUGCAGUUGCUCCAACAUUUACCCAGUUACCAGCUUCAGAUUCUGUACCUGGACGGAUGGAAGAAUCUACAGUACAGACAGAAGUUCAUUACACUUUGUUGGAAGCACAAGAGAUGAGAACAAGUAUUCAUAAUGCUUUCUCUUUCUUUUUCAUGAGUCACCAAAAAUGUUCUCUCCUGGUCUUUCCCUCUCCUGUUCAGUAAUUAAUCAGGCUUAUACUCUCAUCUCUUCUGUUCCUUCAAAGUCACACAAAUUACUGUUAUUGUCAGAAUUCUAUUGCAAAUAUUAGAAAUUGCGAGGGGGAAGGUGUGUUCUUCUCUUUGCUAUGUUGUGUCUGCUACAGUCUUAAAUUUUACUCAGAGAACUGAGAGAGCUUAGUUACAUUUAGUAUUAAAUAAAGACUUGUACUUGGCAACUGUAAUGAGUGCAGAUCCCUCUCAGGGACCAAUUGAUUGCUCUUAUACCUCCUCACAAGAAAAUAUUAUGAGAACUAAGUUAAACUUCCCAGCUUAUGAUGCCAUUGCUGCUUCUGCUGAUAUAAAUGGAGGAGAGGAUCCACUUUAAUUCAGUGGGAUUUGACAAGGUUUUAGGAAUGGGUAGGAGAAGACAAUAGACAGAGAGAAACGACAUAGCUUUGGUGAAGUUCUCUCAUCGUUUCUGGAUGCACAGGACAUCUAAGCCCCAAAGUGGAAAUGCUUAUUCAAAGCUUACUUAGCACAUUAGAACAGGCAUAUAACAGAAAGGUUAGGGUUUCUUAAAGACAAGUCAUUGCUGAUCUUUCCUAUUGGAAUGUUGAGAUCUGCUCCCAGCUAAUUGGCAUCCAUAAACAUGUUCCAUGUCUGUGUCUCAUUAUGUCUACCUUGAUCAUGAAGGUUCAUUGGUUUGACUUGGGGGAGGGUGGUGGCUGAGGCUGAGAAUGAUUGCUUACCCUUGCUAAGUAUAACCCAAAGUGAACACCUGACUCCAACUCAACCAAGAUGGAUGUCAGGAGCUCCCGGAGAGAAUGGGCAAACAGCUGCACCUUCAAAACUCUGCCUUGACCUGUCCAACUUGGCAUUGGCCUGGCCUCCAUGCUGUGACUGUAUGACCUGCUGACUUUGUUAUCUAAACGUUUUUUUGUAACAGACAAUGUUAUACCUGCUUCGGAUGCGAUGUAAAUACCAGGCUGUGAAAUAUUAAAGUUCGUUUUAAUCUCUG